AUAUGACUUGAAAGCAACUAAGCAAUUAUGUCGGCUUCGGGUAGAGUCCUCCUGUAAAACAGUGGUGUUCCUGUGAGAGAAACAAGCAUGAUUAUCGAGUUUCAGAAGUGUUUUCGUAGGCGAGAGGAAUGUAUAUCCAUUGACAUUGACACUUAUUAUUGAUAAUUCGUCAACCUCACCCUUUUCCCCCCAACUGAGAGAACAUUCCAUCUUAACCUGGCGACGACAACGCACGGCUCCAAGAUUGGGCUGCAAUCCAAAACACCAAACGAAGAGUUUGUCCUGCCAGCGUUCCCGCCGGAGCAAAACCCAGCCCUGGACGGACCGGGGGACAGACCAAGGUUCCCGUUUGGUAUGCCAGCGCCGGGAAUGCCGGUACCGAUGGACGGACGCGAUCAUGGUUACGUGCCGAGGCACACGCCAUUCAUCAGCCAGCCUGACUACAGAAUAUAUGAUCUCAACAAAAGGUUACAACAGAGAACAGAGGAAAGUGAUAAUCUCUGGUGGGAUGCCUUUGCCACAGAGUUCUUUGAAGAUGAUGCAACUCUAACCCUUUGCUUCUGCCUUGAAGAUGGUCCAAAGAGAUACACUAUUGGACGGACACUUAUUCCGCGUUAUUUCAGAACGGUAUUUGAGGGCGGUGUGACGGACCUUUACUAUUUACUUAAACAUCCCAAGGAGUCAUUCCACAAUACGACUAUUACGUUAGACUGCGAACAGACGACGAUGGUCACGCAUCACGGCAAACCAAUGUUCACAAAGGUUUGUACAGAAGGCCGUUUGGUAGUUGAGUUCACAUUUGACGAUCUUAUGCGGAUCAGAUCAUGGUACUUCGACAUUCGGCAGCAUAGAGAACUCAUUCCAAGAAGCGUUAUAAAUAUUCAGGACCCUACGAUGCUGGAACAGCUUUCCAAGAACAUCACCCGACAGGGUCUAACUAGCUGUACUCUAAACUACCUCAGGCUGUGUGUGAUUCUGGAACCGAUGCAGGAGCUGAUGUCCCGACACAAGGUCUACAGCCUCAGCCCGCGAGACUGUCUCAAGGCCACGCUGUUCCAGAAAUGGCAACGUAUAGUCACACCUCCCGAUACCAACAGGCCGACGCAAAAGCGACGCAAGAGGAAAUCAUCGCAGUCAGCGCUCUCUACGACGGGAGGGAACAGUAUGGGUAUGAACAAUAUCGGUGGGGGAAACAGUAAGAAAAAAUCACCUGGAAGCUUCAGUUCUGACGGCAUGCCAACGAGAAAUGGUCCAGGUGGGAGGAGUAAGAAACGGAGCCGGUCCGGCACCCCUCAGCCGGUACCCAUCCCUCCCUGGAUACAUGAUUCUAUUUCAGAGUAUGAUACUAGCGGUCAUCUUAACAUACAGGAUGUUAUGGUAGUUGGAGAACCAUCGCUCAUGGGCGGCGAGUUUGGCGACGAGGACGAGCGGCUGAUCACGAGACUGGAAAACCAGCAAGCCGACGCCAACAACGGCAUGGACAACGAUGAGGACUUUGCGGGGGGUGAAUCGGGGGGCACCGGACCCGGUCCAGGCGGUCCAAAGACCAACAAUUCGUCGUCGGGUCCUGGCCAAGGGUCUUGGAAUUCAACGGACACCAAGCCCCCACCUGGUACCAACCCUCCACAAGACGAGAAACAAGUAGCUGCAUCACAGAACUGAAAGGACGCCACCAGCAUUGCUCCAUAUGGAAAAAAACAACAACACAAACUGACAAAAGCAGUUGUCUUGCUCAUUGCCAUAGGAAUGAAUUUUGUGACGACAAACUGGAAUGACUAUAUUUUUUUCCAGUGGACUACUUUACCCUCGAGUUUUGUAUUUAUAUCCAGUUUGGGGGAAUUUUUUUGAUGGCCACUUUUUUUUUUUACUCUGUUUUGUUGUAUAUACAUGACUAUGUUUACAGCAGUGGUAUUAUAUGGUUAUUGCACUAGUCAUAUCAUUUAAAAAAAUUGAGUUAUUGUCCAAAUUGAGUUAACCGACCCCACUACCUUUGGGAAACAAAGGCGAGUCUUUCUCAGUAUUUUGCACCACCUGUGAGACUAGAGGUAUUCAGAAGUACUAAAACCACAAAAAACCUUUACAGAAUCAUCAGGACAGUAAUAUAUCGUAUUCACAGUAGCUACUACCAUUAGAUUUAUAGGCAUGCAUGUAGGUGUGUUAGGAUAGAAUAAACUAUACUUAAUUUCCAUGCAUCAUCAUCCUGAGAUCAUGAAUACCACUGCUGUAGCAUUCUAUGUUUUAUGUGUUUCAUAGUUUUGUAUAUUGUACAUAUAUAUGACAAAUUACAAAAGAAUGGCGGAAGCCGAGACUUGGUGUCCCCACAAUGUCAUUUUAGGCAUUAUAAGGGGUAUACCAUUAUUAUCUUCACCUAUUAGUAUGAUUCUUUAGCUUUCACUUGUGACAUCAGAUUAUUUUUGUCACUUUUUCAUUUACGCUCCCUCCUCCCCCACCCUCUCUAGAUUGCUUGGUCAUCAAUAAAAGAUGAACUUCAUUUGUCCUUGUCAAGUUCAUCUUAUCGUAGAAAGUAUGAAUUACGUCUGAAUUGUUAUACCAUUUUUAACAAAAUAGAAAAUUUUUAUUUCUGUAAAAUUCACCCUGGCCUAGUUGAAUAAUUUGAUCCUAAAAUAGGGAUAACUGUUUCUUGUCAAAUUUACUUAUUUAUUUCAUUAUUUAAGGACCUGUUUCAUAAUGAGUGACAACUAUUCUAACUUUGCCAUCAGGGCAACUACAUGGUUGAGGGGCAAGACGCAUACAAACUUUUGAAGGAACGUGAAGCGGGUGAGCGAAGCAACCGAGCUUGUUAUGGGGGGGGGCUUUGUCAUUUCUUACGUGGAAAUGAAGGAUUUCUUGCACAUAUUUUGUGAGUUUCGUGACAGUUUUCAGAAAAAAUAAUGUAAGUUUUCAAACUUGGGGGGGGGGACUGCCUCCUUACCCCAUUACUCAGCAGCCAAUCUCAAUAAAUGUUUCCAUGGUACAUGUAGUUACUAUAAUGGCAAAAUUACCAUAGAUGCAACAGUUACUCUUUAUGAAACAGUACAGACUUGGCCUCCAUGUAGGUUACAGACCAUUUUCUAAUCCUGUUUAUCUUUUUUUUUCAGAAGGUUAAUUCCUUUGCCAAAUAUGAAUAAAGAACAAGAGAGUGGUAUUGUUUUGGCUUGAAAGUGUUAUCCAUCACUUAAGGAAGGAAGGAGGGAGGUGGGGGAGAACAAUUUAAUCUCCUUCAGUGAAGGAUUACAUUUUUUUGUUGCAAAUACUGUAUCUUUGAAACAAAAGCAGCACUAUGAUUUUAGUAUAACUCCAAUUUGUGCGUUCAUCCCCCCACUCCAUCCCACACGUUGAAUGUUUUCUGAGAUACAUCAUUGAUAUUUAUUGUAACUCAAAUCAAUCACUGUAUUUGUACAUAUGAGAUAUGUGGGGUUUUUUUGUGUUUAGGUAUACAAAUGUUUUUGUGUAUUGUGCAUUUUACGUUAAAUAUGGUGCACUGCCUGUAAUGUAUAGAGAGGCGUAAUUUUUUUUUGAGUAGGAGUUUAUUUUUGUUGAGAUGAUAUGGUCUAAUGGUCCUGCUAUUGGUGGAUCAUGGUGGGUCUUUCCAAGUCUUUAUAGGAUUUUCUAUAGAAUAUAGGAUGGUGAACAGUGUGAAGAGAUAUAUUGAGAGAGAUAUUGUGUCGUUUGAGGAAAGGAAAAUCGAUGAAUGUCGAGUGUGAAAACUGAAUCAGGAAUCGUCUUGUUUUUCAUGUUUUUUUUAUGUUUUUUUUCUUCAUUAUUUAAAGAUAUUUCAUGUUGUAUAACCGUUUCAGUUAUUGUGUGCUUUUUAAAUCUUAUUUUGUUUUUUUUAUUAAUUUGGAAUCAUUAAUGGUAAUGAACACACUGUAUCAGCUGUCAUCACUCUUAUGAUUAGUCAUCAAUGUCGUAUUUUUUUCUUGAUCAUUGCUUUUGUAAGGGCUCUCAUGAUUUCUGUUGAACUAAAGAGGUGUUUCACAAAUAAAAGUGUGACUUAAAAUAAACUCACCUUUCCUUUUAGCUACUUUGUCCAUCACAUUGGUCAAAUUGCAAAGGACAUGCUACUACCUUGUAGUUAUCUGUGUCACUGUGCUUUGCCAUACAUAUAUAUGCGCACUGGCUCUUUCCCAGUUGUCAUUAAAAAUCCUAAAGUGGUGUGAAUUGGCAGACUACAGGUCAGUGGGUAUUGUACAUGUUGGCUCUCAACAGAGGAAAUCGAGUAUUCUGGUCGAAUAAAGUGCCAAUUAUGAUCUACAUGUAUGCCUGCAGAUUAGGACUUCCCCAUGAGUUAAGUCACACUUCUUUCUUUGUGAUGAACCCUCUAGUUUUGUCUUAAUCUUAGUGAAAUAUGCUCAAUCAUUAUUAUUAUUUUGGGUACUUUUCCCAAUAUAAGUAAGUUUAAGAUUGUUAAACUCAGUGGCCUAUUCAGAAAUGUA